UCUCUCUAGAAACACCUGUUCGGCGAACCAGUCUCUCUCGAACUAAUAUUAUGCGAACAAUUUUCUCUACUUUUUCACUCACUCUCCCUUUUUCCUCAAAUCUUAAAAAAUCUAAAACCUUAAUUUCACUCCGAUCAUCUCCUUCUUCAUUUAUAAUUUUUAAUCAUUUAAUCAUGCCUCAGUCAAUGCAACAACGGUGGAAGCCGAAACAUCCAAUUCAAGAGACGGCGGCUAAAACCUCUACUUCCUGUCAGAGUGCACCGUCUCCGGCGGAGGCGGCAGAAGCCUCUACUUCCGGUCAGAGCGCGCCGUCUCUGGAGGCGGUUACUGAUAGAGUAUCUGGAUUAAGUGUAGUUGAAGAAACGGUUCAGAAAAGUAGUCACGGUGCUGCCACGUCAGCUUCCGUACAGUCUGGUAACUUGAAAGGUCAGAGUGUAUGGAGACCCAGGUCAUAUGGAACUGCUGCUACUUCAUCAGCUGUGGCGGAAGUUGAAAAGGCGGUUAAAAAGAGUAGUGUAAAUUUGAGUCAGUUAUUUAAUGGUAAUUUAUUGGAGAAUUUUACUGUGGAUAAUUCCACGUAUACUCAAGCACAAAUUAGAGCUACUUUUUAUCCCAAAUUUGAAAAUGAGAAGUCUGAUCAGGAGAUUAGGAGCAGAAUGACAGAGAUUGUAUCUAAAGGCCUGGCUACUCUUGAGGUCUCUCUUAAACAUUCUGGCUCUCUCUUUAUGUAUGCGGGUAACAAAGGUGGAGCAUAUGCCAAGAAUAGCUUUGGGAAUAUAUAUACUGCUGUCGGCGUCUUUGUUCUUGGACGGAUGUUUCGUGAGGCAUGGGGAGCUACAGCUGCAAAAAAGCAAGCAGAGUUCAAUGAGUUUCUCGAGGAAAACCACAUGUGCAUAUCAAUGGAACUGGUGACUGCAGUUCUGGGAGACCAUGGGCAACGUCCUAAAGAGGAUUUUGCGGUUGUGACAGCAGUCACGGAAUUGGGCAAUGGAAAGCCGAAAUUCUACUCAACUCCGGAAGUGAUUGCCUUUUGUCGAAAAUGGCGCCUUCCAACAAAUCAUGUUUGGCUGUUUUCAACAAGGAAAUCAGUGACAUCUUUCUUUGCUGCUUAUGAUGCAUUGUGUGAAGAAGGCACUGCUACCACCGUUUGUAGUUCUCUUGAUGAAGUCGCUGAUAUUUCUGUUCCAGGUUCAAAAGACCAUAUAAAGGUGCAAGGUGAAAUCCUUGAAGGGCUUGUGGCUCGUAUUGUAAGUCAUGACAGCUCAAAACAAAUGGAAGCAGUUCUGAAAGACUAUCCUCCUCCUCCUCCUCCAGCUGAAGGAGCUGACCUUGAUUUGGGACCAAGCUUAAGGGAAAUUUGUGCAGCAAAUAGGGCAGAUGAAAAACAGCAAAUUAAAGCACUUCUCCAGAGCAUUGGCACUUCAUUUUGUCCUGACAGUUCAGACUGGUUUGGGAUUGAAGAUGGUGAUAUGCACUCAAGAAAUGCUGACAGAUCUGUUGUUACAAAAUUUUUACAAGCUCACCCUGCUGACUUUUCAACUACCAAGUUGCAGGAAAUGAUCCGUCUGCUGAGGGAAAGACGCUUCCCUAUUGCUUUUAAAUGCUAUCAUAACUUUCACAAGAUUGGUUCUGUAUCGAGUGACAACCUUUUCUACAAGAUGGUUAUUCAUGUCCAUAGUGAUUCAGGAUUUCGGCGAUACCAAAAGGAAAUGAGGCUCAAGCCAGGUUUGUGGCCAUUAUAUCGAGGUUUUUUUGUUGACAUCAAUUUAUUCAAGGCCAAUAAGGAGAGAGCCGCCUUAUUUGCAAAAGACAACAAAAACCUUGGGGGAAGUUUAAGUGAUAGUGAUGCCAUACUUCCGAAAGAUGGUUUAGCUGAUGAUGAUGCAAAUUUAAUGAUAAAAUUAAAAUUUCUUACGUAUAAGAUAAGGACGUUCUUGAUCCGCAAUGGUUUGUCAAUUCUUUUCAAGGAUGGUCCAUCUGCUUACAAGGCCUACUACUUGAGGCAAAUGAAAAUUUGGGGCACCUCAACAGGAAAACAGAGAGAACUUAGCAAGAUGCUUGAUGAAUGGGCAGCAUACAUCACGAAAAAAUAUGGAAGGAAACAACUGUCUUCCUCAUUAUACCUGAGUGAAGCUGAGCCUUUUCUUGAACAGUAUGCCAGUAGAAGUCGAGAGAAUCAGGCCCUGAUAGGAUCUGCAGGCAGUUUAGUGAAAGCUGAAGACUUCUUGGCCAUUAUAGAAGGAGGCAGGGAUGAAGAGGGUGAUCUUGAGACAGAGCGAGAGGUGGGGCCUCCAAGCCCUAAGUUUUCAGUAAAGGACACUGUUCAAAAGAAUGAGGGUUUAAUUGUGUUCUUUCCAGGAAUACCGGGUUGUGCUAAGUCUGCUCUAUGCAAGGAAUUACUAAAUGCUCCCGGAAGAUUUGGAGAUGAUCGCCCUGUCCAUAGUUUGAUGGGGGACCUUGUGAAAGGAAGGUACUGGCAGAAGGUUGCUGAUGAACGCAGGAAAAGACCAUACUCUAUAAUGCUUGCCGACAAAAAUGCACCUAAUGAAGAAGUUUGGAGACAGAUUGAAGAUAUGUGCCGCAGCACCCAAGCCUCAGCUGUUCCUGUUAUACCUGAUUCUGAAGGAACGGAUGCGAAUCCAUUUUCUUUAGACGCAUUAUCUGUUUUCAUUUUUCGUGUGCUUCAACGAGUCAAUCACCCGGGCAAUCUGGACAAAGCAUCUCCAAAUGCUGGAUAUGUACUGCUUAUGUUUUAUCAUCUUUAUGAUGGCAAGAGUCGAAAAGAGUUUGAGAAUGAAUUAAUUGAACGAUUUGGGUCUCUUGUGAAAAUGCCAUUGCUAAGAUCCGAUAGGAGACCUCUGCCAGAGCCUGUGCAAUCAAUUUUGGAAGAGGGGCUGAACCUUUACAGGCUUCACACGAACAGACAUGGGAGGUUGGAGUCCACCAAGGGGUCAUAUUCAAAGGAGUGGGCAAACUGGGAGAAGCGAUUACGUGAAGUUUUAGUUGCCCAUGCAGAGCAUUUGAAUGCCAUUCAGGUUCCAUUUGAAUCUGCAGUUAAGCAAGUGACGGAGCAACUAAGGAGCAUUGCUAAAGGAGAAUACGUAACACCAGUUACUGAGAAGAGGAAACUUGGAACAAUUGUUUAUGCUGCUGUCAGUUUACCUGCUACAGAAAUCUCUAGUUCCCUGAAAAAUUUGGCUCAGAAGAAUUCCAAGGUGGAAGCCUUUCUUCAGGACAAGAACAUGGAGAACAACCUUAAGAAAUGUCAUGUCACUCUUGCCCACAAAAGAAGCCACGGUGUUACAGCGGUAGCAAGAUAUGGAGUGUUCCUCCACCAAAAGGUUCCAGUACAACUUACCGCACUACUCUUCACUGAUAAAAUGGCUGCGCUAGAUGCACAAAUUGGGUAUGUGGAUGGGGAAAAGAUAGUAUCCAAAAAUGAGUGGCCCCAUGUCACCAUAUGGACUGGAGAGGGUGUAGUAGCCAGAGAGGCAAACAUGCUACCACAAUUGUUCUCAGAAGGGAAAGCAACUCGUGUUGAAAUUAAUCCGCCUAUCACCAUUUACGGCACACUCGAAUUUUACUGAAGAAGUUCUAGAACUCGUGUAUGCAAUUUAUAAUUUUUAUGUGGAGGCAUAAUCCGUCAAGAAUUUUGUAGGGUACUAGGUAAAGAGGAAGCAAAUGCAAGCUUAAUAUCAGUUAUUUAACUAGUUGAGAAACUGUUGUAUAGGCGAAUUUAAAGCAAAUGUGCAAUAUAAAUCAGUCGGGACUUGAGUUUGUAUCAUUUCGACUUUGUAUAGAAAGGGUUUCUUUACUUUGUUA